GUAGGUAGGAAAGCCGGCUCAGCCGCACAGCACUUGGGGCUGAUGGAGAAGCUGAGGAAGCCAUGUGGACCGACUGUCCUAGCAAUGUGCUCACGAAGCCCUUCCUCCCCCAGCUUGCUUCCCAGAGCCCUGCCUUGUCUCAAAGAGAAGAGAACGAUGACCAAGUUACAGGAGGCAGUGACGUUCAAGGACGUGGCCGUGGUCUUCAGUAAGGAGGAGAUGGGGCUGCUGGACGCUGCCCAGAGGAAGCUGUACCACGAUGUAAUGGUGGAGAACUUCAGGAACCUCCUGGCAGUGGGAGGCCAGAGUCCAAGCAAGAUAGAGACACUUCACAAAACAGGAGUAAGGUGCCUUUCACUGGGGAAGCUUCCAUGUUGGCACAUGACAGGCCAUGAUGCCAACAAACUGGCCAGAGUUCCAGAAGACGUAAUACACACCCAAGAACAGGGUUCUCUCUUCCUGGAGCGAAUCCACUCCCCCUGCCGUGGGGGAGCGGAAGAGCCUUCUCAGGCCUCUGAGGAUGAUGGCUAUCUUGAAAGUCUCAAAAGCAACCAUUCCAGCAUUAGUGAAAAUCAGGAAUUUCUGUCUGGGAGAGCUCAGAGUUCUCCGAGUGAAACACAUCUCAGUGAGAGACGUGACCGUGGGAAACACUGUCCUCAGACCCCGGUGAAAACCAAGCCACAGCCGUUGGCUCUGGGUGUUGACAUUCUGAGUUUCAUUUCCCAUCAAGAUAACAAUACACUGCAUGAAAGAGACAAAGUCCACAGCAGCAGUGACUGUGACGAAGUCAUCUGUCCCCUGUUACAACUCACCCAGGAUUGUGAUUGCACAGAACGGAAGGCCUACCAGUGCAGCCAGGGCCAGAACGCCUUCAGUGACAGCCCUAGUCUGGAACUCCAUCAGCAGGUCCUCUUAGAAAUGAAGUCCUCUGGACAUACUGCACCCGAGGACACCAGGCGUAGCUCCAGUGUCCCCAUUCAACAAAGCAUUCAUCCAGGGAAAAAACGCUACUGGUGUCAAGAGUGUGGCAAGGGUUUCAGUCAGAGCUCAGCACUUCAGACUCACCAGAGAGUGCACACGAGGGAGAAGCCCUAUCAGUGCGACAGCUGUGGGAGGGGCUUCAGCCGCAACUCAGAUCUCAACAUCCACCGCCGCGUGCACACCGGGGAGAACCUUCACAAGUGUGAGGUGUGUGGGAAGGGCUUCACAAAGUGGGACCACCUCCAGAUACACCAGAGAAUUCACACGGGAGAGAAGCCGUAUAAGUGUGGAGAGUGUGGCAAACGCUUCAGCUGUAGCUGGAACCUUCACACCCACCAGAGGGUCCACACGGAGGAGAAACCGUACAAGUGUGACGAGUGUGGGAAGCGCUUCAGCUUGAGCUUCAACCUCCACAGCCAUCAGCGGAUCCACACGGGAGAGAAGCCGUAUAAAUGUGAAGAGUGCGGGAAGGGUUUCAGUUCAGCCUCAAGCUUCCAAAGACACCAGCGGAUCCAUACAGGAGAGAAGCCGUUUGUCUGUAAUGUGUGUGGAAAGAGCUUCAGUCAGAGUUCGAAUUUUCAAGCCCACCAGCGAGUUCACACCAGGGAGAAACCCUACAGGUGUGAUGUGUGUGGGAAGCAUUCCACCUGGAGCCUUCACAGUCACCAGAGAGUCCACACAGGAGAGAAACCGUACAUGUGUGUGGAGUGUGGGAAAGGCUUCAGUCAUGCCUGGAGUCUGCAGGUUCAUCAGAGUCUCCACACCGGCGAGAAACCGUUCAAAUGCAAUGUGUGUCAGAAGAGGUUCAAUCAGGCCUCAAUCCUCCAGGACCACGAGAGAGUGCACACAGGGGAGAAGCCCUACAAAUGCGACACAUGUGGGAAGGCCUUCAGCCAGAGGUCCGGUCUCCAAGUCCAUCGGAGAAUUCACACUGGGGAGAUGCCGUAUAAGUGUGCGGAGUGUGGGAAAGAAUUCAGGUGGAACUCGGGGCUUCGCUCUCACCUGAGGGUCCACACAGGAGAGGAACCCUACAGUCAGCAGUGUGGGAAGGGGAAGGACUACAGUCAGGCCUCACACUUCCACACACAUCUGAGAAUCCACAUCAGAGAUCACAUCUAAUCUGCCACUAGAGGGUCCACAGUGCAGGGAACCCCUAGUUUGUUCUGCACUCAGGCGGGCUCCAUGCUGCUGGUUGUUAAAAAUGCCACCAAACCCAGAGGCUUCAGGAGAGGCAUUAUCUUGGUAUUUUGCCCUCAACUCAUUCUUUUACCGAGCUCACUAUGAUAAAGGAAGAUAGUAUUUUUAGAGUGGACCUUCUUAGGACACAGACAAAACUAGAGACUUAUAUAGAAAAGGGUUCUGACUUAAUUAUAAGAGGAAGAAUUGUCAGUUGUCAGGAAUAAAACCAACAGAAAGCCAUCGUGACUCACACUAACGCUGAGAUUGUUCAAUUAUGGGUAACCCAUUGGCAAAGAGCUUGUAGCAACUGUAUGGGAGAAAUUAUCAAUAAACAUUCUAAGAGCAAGUGA